GUUUAAGAAUUUAGAGAAUUGUUUAUUCCAGAAAAAAAAUGGGAGGUUCUCUUCUCUAUCCCCAUUCCCUUCUUCACUUGCCUUCUUCUUCUGCUCCGACCCGACCCAACUCCGCCACACCAUUUUUCUCUUUCAAAGUAAUAGCAGAUAGGCCUUUCCUCUCAAGCAUUAAAGCUGUUGAUGGAAACAGAGAAUUUUCUAAAGCAGAAGGGCUAGAUGGUAAUAAUCCUCAAUCCUCGUCGUCUUUGUCGCCAAACAAACAAGAGAUUCUUGCUCUGUUUAAGCGAAUACAGUCUUCGAUUUCAAAAGGGGAGAAUGUAAAUUCCAAGAAGAGAGUUUCAAAGUCUGCUGAAGAUAGUAAUAAGCCCUCCUCUGCUGAAUCGAUUUUGGAAGUUCUUCACCAAUCGAGGACACAAGGAAAAGGGAAAACAGUUGGAAGAAGAGGGGAUAAAUUUGCGGCUCGGCAAAAGGACUCGUUCAAGAAAGAGGAGAUAUCGGAACUUUUGUCAAAUGUGGGCUUGGAAAAAUCGAGGCCUCCAUCAAGUUUUACGAAGAGGUCUCCUGUUCCAGUUGUAUCAGGCUCAAUAGACGGAGUUCAGCCCAAAAACGAGACAUUGCCAGAAACGCCGUCCGUAAUAAUCCCUAGUGCCGAAAUCGAGCUGACAAAUGAAAGAUUAGUGACAACAGAAGUGGACCAAGAUGAGGAGCAAUCGGAGAAGUUUGAAGACAUGAAACUUUCUCAGUUGAAAGAAGUUGCGAAAUCGAAAGGGAUCAAGGGUUACUCCAAGCUUAAAAAGAGUGAGCUUGUAGAGCUUCUAAUCAGGUCCGGUAUCGAUGCUUCUUCAUGAAAUUGAAGCGGGAUUUUAGAUUAUUUUGAAUUGUCGACGAUUCUUGAAUUUCCUUUUUUUCAAUUCUCAUAUUCGUUGUCUGAUUGUUUGUUUUCGACUUUUUUCAAGAAUUAGCUACA